UGGCAUCAUUUAUUGGGUAGCUUUUAUAUUUGUAAUAAAAUUAGAACAAAUGACAGAAGCCGCUUACUAACGAUGUAAACAUCGUGUCCUUAAGAUACGUGGAACAUGCGCGUGCGAGUGGAGCCUAACCCAAUGUGUUGACCAAAGUCGGCACAAACCUAACUUUAGCCACGCGCCACUCAACCUCAAUUGUAUCACACGCUCGCAGGAUCAAGAGUUAAAAAUUCUCACGCGCCGACGCGCAUCCCAGGGAACGUAGCCGUGGUAGUGAGAUUCUUUGUCCAACGGCUACUUCCCAUUUGCAGAAUGCAAGACAUCACCCAAAUAUGCAUCCAAAGUAACCCUUUCUUUUCAACAUGGUCACCUAAAUAUUAACAAUUAAACAAAUAUUUUAUGUUUUCUAUUGUGAUUACAUUAUAACCCUUCCCACAAAACUUUAUAUCCAUUAAUAUGCCAUGCCAUUUAUAUUACCUAACAAUUAAGGGUCGUGGCAGGUUCUGUUCUAGAGAAAAACACAAACAUAGAUUCAACCAUCUUCUUCACCUUAAACCUCGAUCUUCUCUUGCAUCAAUGGAUUGUUUGGUGGUGCCAGUUUCAUUGAUCCGGCGGCGUUCCACGGGUUCUCGGCUGGGUUACAUGCCUCUGCCCAAAGACAGAGAAUCCGACAACCCCGUGACGGUGGUGGUGGGAAAAGAGAAGAGGGUGUUCCUCGUGGACCCUUUUAUAUUACAAGAGAACCCUUUUCGGGUUUUGAUGGAUAUCUCUAUGAAGAAGGAUUCAGCGGAGAAGAACCACUUCCAUUUCACGUCCAGCCAGCGGAGAGUGAUUUUUGUGGAUGUCGAUGAUAUUUUGUUCGAGCACAUGUUGUGGCUCAUGCACAAUGAUGCUUCUUCUUUGUUCCAACUUAAUUUGAAGGAGAUUAUUGACUUCUAUGCUCAGGAUAUGUAAUCAUACUAAUACUCGUCUAAAUUUGAGGUACUCUGUUUCACAAAUUAGACUUGAGUCACGUACCGAUAUAGUUAUAUUAAUAUACAAAGAUGGUGCUUGGUAUAUGUUAAUUUCUGUUGCCUCUCUUCUUCUCUUUUCCAACAGAUCUUAUGCCUGACUGGAAUUCCCUAUGAUAUGAAGCAGCCCAUGAGCCGAAUUAAUUGUAAACAUUAUGACAUGUCUAAGCCUAAUUUAUGAAAGUAUUGUUCCUACAUUCAUUGUUGACAUCUUCAAGGGAAAUGUAAAGCUUGUUUAGUUAUGAACUUCUGAAAAAUAUAAUAAACGUUACUUCCUCUUUAUCCUACUUUUCUUAUCUAAUCUACGUUCAAAUAGUCUAAUUGCACAAGAAAGUGCAACUAGGUUCGAUGAUUAAUUGUU